GUGCCUUGGAAGAACACCAUGGUCAAGAACGAAGCCGAGAUGAACUGGGAUGCGCUCCGGGAGCACUACUCGCUCCAGCCGUUGCAUCUCAAACACGCUUCCGAGUGCACCGCGCUGCAGCUCAAACAAGAGGGCGAGUGGGCCGCGAUCCAGCAGAAACACGCACUGCACGAAGAAACCACCGAGCCAUCGACGCCGCCGUCGCCGAGCGCGACGACCCGCCACGCGUUUGAAGCCGCCGCGAAUGCCAAGCUGUGGGAGUUCAAAACCAAGGCCCUCGCACAGCAACACGCACACGAGCUCGCGGCACUUGGCGAAAAGCAGGCCUUUGCGACACUGGCGCUGGCCGAGAAGGAAGCGUUCGAGACGGCGGCGCUCGCUGAAAAGCACACGCGCGAACGUUCGGGCAGCGGCGCGCCGGUCAAUGGCGCGCGGCAGCUGCAGCGGAGCCAAGAAGUGGAGGCACUCCGGAAGCAGCAGUUGGACGAGCGCCUGGCGCUCGAGCUGCGUCAAAAGACCGAGCUGGAGGCCGCGACCGAAGCCGUCUGGAUCGAACACGCCGUCGAAGACUUUCUAUGCAAGGACGCGGCCAUGUAG